AUGGCGGCGCCGGAGAUUAUUGAUAAGCGGAUCGUAGAGUCUACGGAUGACGCAUCUGGUGAUGUACCUGGGCCUGUUAAGGUAUCUGUACUGGAGAAAUUCUUGGCAGUACGAGGACUUACGGAGAAGCCUCAGCGUCGAGGAGGCAAGAUGCCGCCGACUCCUACUAGAUUAACUGCUCCAGCCUUGUCGAAGACGUACACGAAACGUCGGUAUGGGGGGAAAACCACUGCACAACGUGAGGCACUUUUAGACCCGCCCGACAUUUUCAGUGACAGCGUGGACGCGUACGUUCCUCGAAAGCGGAAGCAAGAGUUGAUGCACUUGCAUCAAGACGAACAAGAGGUGAACGAGGCAUUUCUCACGGAAACGAGGGCGCUAUCGUUCGAACGAGAGGUGCUGGAUAAAGUCGUAUGUGAUCGAGAGGAGAAUCGCAUUGACUUUGAGGAGAAACUGUGGAUUCUGAUGCUGAAAGCUCGAGGGAUGCAGGAAGUUCCAGACGACGAGGAUGACCAAGUAGAUGGUGACGAAUCUCUAGUUCAACUAGGGCAAAUGGCAAGAGACUUCGAUCAACAAGCGUAG